AUGAAUAGGUUCACCAAGGAGGCGCUCAAAGUCCCGGAUUUGGACCAAAAGGUAGCGAUGAUCGCCCUUCAACAAGGAACCACGGAUGAUAAUUUCCGCCGCUCACUAGCCAAGAGGGCCCCUGACAACAUGAAUGAGCUCCAAGAGAGAGCCGGGAAGUAUAUUAAGGCGGAGGAAAGCAUGAGAAAAUCCCAGAAUAACCAGGGACCAACCACGGACUCUAAGAAGCGUGGGAACGAUACUGAAUAUGAUGCUGAUAACAAGUAUUUGAAAAGGGAAGAUGGUGAAAAGUCACCUACCAAGAAGCAAUCAGGACCGAGGUUCACUGAGUUUCAUAAGGAUACGGGACAUAAGACCGAUGAUUGUCGGCAGUUGAAGGAUGAGAUUGAGUUUUUGAUCCGGAAAGGCAAGUUGUCCAGGUAUACUAGGGAUGCAGAUAGGAAUCCCCGUGACAAUGAUAGUCGCGAUAGGGACAAUGAUGAUCAUGAUAGGAGAACCGAGCCUCGAGGGCCCGUGAUCAAUAUGAUCUCUGGAGGACCGACUGCAGCAGGCUUGUCUAGUAACUCACGAAAAGCUUAUGCUCGUGAAGUGAUGUGUAUCAUUGGAGAACCCCCGAAGAGGGCCAAGACCGAGAUUGCAUUAACCUUUGAUGAUUCUGAUCUAGAAGGGGUGAAGUUCCCCCAUGACGACCCGUUGGUCAUAACUCCCGUUAUUGGAAACUCAUCUAUUAAUAGGGUUCUUGUUGAUAAUGGAGCUUCUGUAGACAUCCUCUUCUAUGAUGCUUAUCAAAAGAUGGGGUAUGCUGAUUCACAGUUGACACCGUCCAACAUGCCGAUCUAUGGUUUCAACGGAGUAGAAUCCAAGAUUGAAGGAAUGAUCCAAUUACCAGUAACCAUGGGAGCAGAGCCACGACAGGCCACUUAUAUGUUGAACUUUAUGGUCAUUAAGGCCUCAUCAACCUACAACGCUAUCCUAGGAAGGACAGGGAUGCAUGCUUUUAAAGCCAUAACAUCCACAUAUCACUUGAAAAUCAAGUUCCCCACAAGAAACGGGGUAGGAGAAGAAAAAGGAGACCAGAAAAUGGCCAAGAGUUGUUAUGUUGCAGCCUUGAAACCCGAGGGAGUCGGGGGGCAGGUUUUAUCAAUUAAGGAAUUGGUUCCCAUCUCCUUGUUCCGAGGUAAACCAGAAAAGGUUAUGGCGUUUGAUCUUAAGAAUGCAAGAGCCACGUAUUGGCGCUUAGCUAAUAAGAUGUUUAAGCAUCUAAAUGAGAAGACCGUGGAGGUCUAUAUCAAUGAUAUGCUAGUGAAGAGCUUGAAGAAAGCUGAUCACCUUGAGCGCCUGAGAGAGGCUUUCAGAGUCCUGAGGACAAAUAAGAUCGAAGUCUUGACUGACCAACCCCUUAGGAUGAUAAUGCAUUGUGACGCCCUCCCAAUCCGGGGUCUAGAUUGA